AUGAAGCCGAUACUUGGAAGCGGUGUCGCUAUCCGAGCGGGUGCGCCCUCCAUCACGAUGUGUCAGUCUCUGCACCGACUACCGCAGCGCGCGCUGACAUCAUCGGCAGCCUCCCGGUCUGCCUUCGUGUUUCGAUCCUCACGCACGCCCUCUACAGUCUCACUCUCGAGAGGCUACUCAACAGCGCCUAAUCAGCAGCAGGUACUACAAUCCUUUGGUUCGCCUUUUGCGCAAUUUAUCUACACCAUCUCGCGCAUUGCGCGUAUCAUUACCUACUCCGCUCUCGGUGUUGCCACUGUCGGUGUAGUCUCGUUCGAAGCUGCUCAUCAGUACGUCGAGCACAUCGGCAUGCCUGCUACCUCGUCCUCAUCUUCGCAAGACGUCUCGGACGAAUAUGGAUGGUCAGAGCUCGCACUCGAAGAGUCGUGGUCUGGAUCGCCCGACAUCAAGGGCACAGAUCCGAGGCUAGGCAUCAAGGGUCGUCACGCGGUUCGAUCGGCUUGGAUGUGCGCCAACUGGGGCGCAGGCAUCUCGCCCAGCAUCAUGUUCGGAGGUAGCAGCAGUUCUGGCCUGGGAGGGACAGCCGUCACCUCAAUGGGCGCUGCCAAACCAUUUCACGUCGACAAUGGCAUGACGCUUGCCGUGCAAUACCUCAAUCUGGCGGUCAAAAUCGCAGCCAGUAAACACAUCAAGCUUCCCGAUAUAGAAGCGAUUCGAGCUGGGCUCAUCAGCGAGGCUGCUGCCAAACAAGAGCUCAGCCACGUCGAUCCGCUGGCAUUGGCAUUGGAAGCAAGAUUGGCUGCGAUCCACGAAAGGCAAGGCACCAGAGGUGCGCUCGAAUCGGCGAUUGGCAGCUAUGAAAAGCUGUACGAUAUCGCGAGCUUGACAGAGUCGAGCAGUGGACAGCAUGCCAGCAGGCUGGUGAGACUUGCGACCAAGCUAGGUGAUCUGUAUUUGGCCUUAGAUAGACAGCCGGAUGCGGAAGAGUGGUUGAACAGAGCGGUUGGUAUUGCUGCUACGGCUGGAGCAUCUACGCCGGAGCUGAAUGCGAGGAGUGGUCAAGUGAGCAAAGUCGAGUCCAUGGUGCAAGAGAAAGAGAAACGGAAAGGAUCCCUGCGAGGCUGGUUUUCUGGAUCGAGCAAAUCGUCGGCUGAAUCACCUGUCGAGCCGAUUCAAGUGGCGGAACCAAGAUCAGCACUGAUCAACAAGGAAACAGCAGCAGCAACACCCGCGCUCACACGGUCACUGAUCGCAGCGCUGGUUUCGAAGUCCGCUCUACACGCGCGCACGCCCACCUCGUCGUCUCUGCAACAAGCGCUACACACGCAAAUGUCGGCCCUACAGCUUGCUUGCGCCGAACUCAACCGGCUGCUCGCCCAUCCCUCCACUCAGUGCCAAGCCGAACUGCACAAGCUAUGGAUCAUCCAUCACCAAUCCAUCUUGGAUCUGCACGUUGCCGAAACCAUGUUUGCGCUCACUCGCACAUCUUGCGCCAUUUCGACGUCCAAGUUGAUUGCAUCGUGGUUCAAAGCCGGUGUGUCGAAUACCAGUGUGGGCGAAAGGUCGAUCGAGUGGCUGCAUCAGGCGGAUCAGAGCGCGCAGCAAGUGGUCCGUGCGCUGCAAGCGUGUAAGACUGCCAACCCAAACAAGGCCAAUAAGCUCGACGGCGAUGUGGUGUUGGAUGAGAGAUGGGCAAACGAUAACGUGGUAGCGCUGGCUGCGGGCAGAGUGCUGCGCGAUGCCAGGCGCGUGCAGGCUACGGCGCAGAGGAGUAGGAGCACGCUCGAGGCAUUGUGA